GAAACCUGGAUACAUUUUCAUAGUUUUUGUUAUAUAAAAGUUUCAUACCAAAUUACGUUAUUCCAGCGCAACCCAAUGAGGGAAUAAACGCGCCGUCUUGUCUCGCCUCGGAAAUAAAGAGAUGCCCGACGAAGCUGUGCAAGACGGAUCGAGCUGCCCCGUGUCUCCGACGGACAGCGUCCCAAGCAGCAGCGAAGGCGAACUCGAGCGACACACCAAGAAGAGCGUGCGGAAAAGACGCUCGAGCCGCAAGGACACCGAGGACUCGGAUAGCUCUGUGCCGGGAAAAAGAGGGAAGAAACCGUGCAGCGGAAGCGGGGGAAGCAGCGGCAGCCCGCCGUCUAUCGAGGAGCUUCACACGCAGCGUGUCAUGGCUAACGUGCGCGAACGGCAGAGGACGCAGUCCCUAAACGAGGCCUUCGCAGCACUGCGUAAGAUCAUCCCCACGCUCCCAUCUGACAAGCUCAGCAAGAUCCAGACACUUAAGCUCGCCGCACGUUACAUUGAUUUCCUGUGCCAGGUCCUGCAAAGCGACGAGCUCGACUCAAAGAUGGCAAGCUGCAGCUACGUGGCCCAUGAGCGCCUCAGCUACGCGUUCUCCGUGUGGCGCAUGGAGGGAGCCUGGUCCAUGUCGGCGUCUCACUAGCGCGCGCCACGAACUCAAGACGCAUCGGACGACUCGAGGCGCUGAACGGUGACUGUGGUCUUUGCUGACAAGGCAAACGUGGAGCGAAGUUUAAGAACAAUGCUGGAUACUUCCAUCUAUUUAAAUAGUAAGAAAAAGACUUUCGUGGACGCUUCAGCAGCGUAAAGCAGAACUUCAUGGAGAGGAGGCCGCAGACGAUGCCUUCUGAUCCGCUUGGUACAAAGUUCUAGUUUUGACGCUGAAUGUCUUUAAUGUGUGCACGAUACGCACCUUUACAUCGAGAACAGCAGAAACCGCAAACUGCAUUCAGGAGCUUUUUCAGAAGACUUCUUUGGACUUCUUUGGUACUGAAUUAAAUUAGAACGUGUAGUUCGAACUUUAUUUAUUUAUUGUUGACAAGUGCUGUCAAAAUGUGCCAAAUGUGUUUGUGUUUUCAAAAUGAAUCCCUAUUUUUAUUACUUUUGUAAAUAAAUGUGC